AUGAACACGGUUCUCUCACAGCCAGCGCCGGAUACGAUCCAAGUCGUUCAGCACCAACAAUAUCAGACGGCUGAUCAUCUUACCCCGACCAAUGCUGCUCACUCUCCGCUGGAUCAGUUCAGGGGUUGGUUCAAGGAGGCCGUGGAGCGCCGUGUCGAUGAGCCUGAGGCCGUGACCCUUGCCACUGCGACUGCCAAUGGCAUCCCUUCAGCCCGCGUUGUGCUCUUCAAGCAGGUCGACCAUCGGGGUUUCGUCUUCUUCACCAACUACACCUCUCGGAAGUCCAAGGAACUUGAUGAGAACCCUCAUGCAGCCCUUGCGUUCUACUGGAGGGAGGUUCAUCGCUCUGUCCGGGUCAUUGGGAGAGUGGAGAGGUUGACGAAACAGGAGAAUGAUGAAUAUUUCCAGUCUCGACCGGUUGGAAGCAGAUUGGGAGCAUGGGCGAGCAAGCAGAGCACUGUAAUCCAGGAGGACGAAUUGGAAGCACGCUUGAAGAAGGUCGAGGAGAAGUUUGGGGUCAAGUCAGACGAUGCUGAAGUUAUUGCACUCUAUACCAUCUUCGUUUACGACUGGGGAGAUCACGAACACGUUUUCAUGCCUCCCAGAAGAUGGCUAGCCAGGCUGAAGCAAUCGUUCUUCACCCUCUCCCCUGAAGAGGAGGCCAUGCUCAACAAGGAAAUUGUCGAGAAACGAGUCGCCCGUCUUCCACCUAUCAUGCCACCUCUACCACCAAAGCUCCCUUCGGACAAGUCGGAGUCGGAAUAA